CAUCAGCAGAAGUUUCUCACCUUGGAAAGCGAGGGACGCUCCCGCAUCUCCAGCACGUACUCACCUCUGCGCGAGUGGACCUUAGGCUACUUUCUCCACCGCAUCUUGCCUAGGGGACUGCCGAUUGUCUCUGUCCUUGCUGACCUUUUUAAUGUUACCUUCCAGGGGAAAGAGGGCAAGGAACAACUGGGUGCUAGGAAACUGACCCCAGGCCCUGCGGGCCUCUGGAGAGAGGAGACAGGAGAGGAGUGACUGGGGCUGGGGGCCUCCAUGCACGGGCCAUGGACAGAGCGGCGCUCCUGGCCCUGCCCAGCUUGUGUGCGCUGUGGGCAGCCGUGCUGUCGCUGCUCCCCUGCGGAACCCAGGGCAACUGGAUGUGGUUGGGCAUCGCCUCCUUCGGGGUACCGGAGAAGCUGGGCUGCUCCGGCUUGCCGCUGAACAGCCGCCAGAAGGAGCUGUGCAAGAGGAAACCGUACCUGCUGCCUAGCAUCCGCGAGGGCGCCAGGCUGGGCAUUCAGGAGUGCAGAAGCCAGUUCCGACACGAGAGGUGGAACUGUAUGGUCGCCACUGCCACCUCCACCCAGCUCGCUACAGCUCCCCUCUUUGGCUAUGAACUGAGUAGCGGCACCAAGGAGACAGCAUUCAUUUAUGCCAUCAUGGCUGCAGGCCUGGUGCACUCUGUAACCAGGUCAUGCAGUGCAGGCAACAUGACCGAGUGUUCCUGUGACACCACCUUGCAGAACAGUGGCUCAGCGAGUGAAGGCUGGCACUGGGGUGGAUGCUCUGAUGAUGUCCAGUACGGCAUGUGGUUCAGCAGAAAGUUUCUAGACUUACCCGUCAGAAACACCACAGAAAAAGAAAGCAAAGUCCUGCUAGCCAUGAAUCUACACAACAACGAGGCAGGGCGGCAGGCUGUCGCCAAGUUAAUGUCUGUGGACUGCCGCUGCCAUGGUGUUUCCGGCUCCUGUGCUGUGAAAACCUGCUGGAAAACUAUGUCUUCUUUUGAAAAGAUUGGGUAUUUUUUAAAGGAUAAAUAUGAAAACAGCAUCCAGAUCUCAGACAAAACCAAGAGGAAGAUGCGCAGGAGAGAAAAAGACCAGAGGCAGACACCCAUUCUCAAGGAUGACUUGCUAUACGUCCAUAAGUCUCCCAACUACUGCGUGGAGAACAAGAAACUGGGUAUUCCUGGGACCCAGGGCAGAGAGUGCAACCGUACGUCAGGAGGCGCGGAUGGCUGUAACCUCCUCUGCUGUGGCCGAGGCUACAACACCCACGUAGUCAGGCACGUGGAGAGGUGUGAGUGUAAGUUUAUCUGGUGCUGUUACGUCCGCUGCAGGAGGUGUGAAAGCAUGACCGAUGUCCACACUUGUAAGUAACCUCUCCAUCCAGCCUAGCAUGAGAUUGCCUCAGUAACAACCAGCUGUGUUGUCAUCUGAAGGGCGCCCCCUACUGUGCACGGCGGGGAAGUCGCUGCCUGUAAGAGUGUUCCCAGACCCCUGGGCCAGGCUGAGAUUUCUUCUUUCUGGCAGACUUCAAAUCCCAAGCUGCACGGCAGGAUUGCUUGGGAUUCUAAAGUUGAAAAGGUUGGCAGUCGCCUUUGGAUAGUUUGGGGAAUAUACGUUGGCAUAUAGGGAACAGCAAUCUGUUUCCAAAGCAAUAUGG